GGAGGGAGAGAGAGAGUAACGGCCAGGGAAGAUCUCAGGGGCAACAGAUCUGGUUUGCUCGACUGAAAGCCCAGACGUGGGAUGGAUUUCUGUGCGACAUGAGCGAGGAGCAGCUGCUUCACACAUAAUAGAAAAGCCAGGAUGUCAGGGAUGGACGCCCCGCUGGUGGACCACAAUGACACUGGAGUGUCUGCGGCAGACAACGGGACUUUCCUCAGAUUCUCCCCGACUUCCGCCUCCACGUCGGCGGCCGCCGCCGCCGCCGCCUCCUCCCCGGGACAUCAGGGCAACGUUUACGUUUACGUGUGGCUCUUCCUCGGCCUGCUGCUGUUCCUGCUGACGCUGCUCAUCAUUUCCCUCCACAGGCUGAAGAACAUCAUCUCCUCGUCCUCGUCGGUGCCGGACUGCAGCAGCGAGGGCGGGAGCUCCUUCACCAACAUGGAGAUAUGCAGCAUCUCGUCCCAGAGGUCAACCAUUUCCUCCCUCUCCACCUGAGGGA